AUGGAGCUCCAGCUUAGUGCACAAAAAGGGAGCAAUGAUGGUAUAAUUCCAGGCAGAAUCGUCUGCAGCGUUUGCAACAAGUCCCAGGCGCGCAGCCAAUACUCCACCAGCCAAAUCACCAAGCUUCGCCGAGCGAUGAUCCGCAACGUUACCUUAGAUGUCCACACCCAGCAGCUUGCCAAAUGCAUGCACUGUGCAAAUACCCAGGUCGUCGAGCUUAAAUGCCACAACUGCGGCUAUAUACUGGAAAUCGACCAGUUCUCCCGCAACCAGCGCAUUCGCGAAGAUCCUCUUUGCCAGCCUUGCAUGAACUACCAGUUGUCACUUGACUCGUGUGGCAACCUCCCUACCCAAGAAGAUAAUGGCGAUGAAGACAUUACGGGCUCUGCCCUUGUGCGUGGCAUGACAGAGACCGCCAAUUCGGGCUCUUCUUAUGAGCUCACUGAUUCUGGCUCUACUUCGGCCGUGGCUCUUUAUUCCCGCAAUAUCGGUGCACCCGGAAGUAGCAGCGGUGGCCAGCUUGAAAAGGGAAAGUCUGGCUUCGACAAGGUCAAGGCCCACCGUGGCCAUCGAGCCCCAGUCCAGGAGCCCAACCCAGCCCCCGGGUGGACUUCAAGCGGUGUUACUGGACCCAAGUCAGAGGGACCAUGGGAGGGCUACAAAUUCAUCUAA